CCUACAACACGUGGUCGAUAUUUUUAAUAUUUACAAAUGAAUAUCGUUCGUAAUUUUAUCCUAGCAAAUAUUCCAAAAGCUCCUGUAUACGCUUCAAUACGUCGAUUUGAACGGAAAAAAUAUAUUAGACGCUAUGGCUACGAGAGCCCAUUAUUGGAAAGAGGUCCUUUACCUCGUUUGAAAAAUGAUAAAGAGAAGAUAGCUGUGAUCCCUGAUUAUAAACCAAAAAAUCCUUGGAGUAAUAAAAAAGCACUUUUUGGUCAAAAUGAUUAUAUUGAUAUUUUGGGUGAUGGUAGUAUUCAUCCAGUUAAGCUUCUCACUGAUGUUCCCGGUUGGUUGAGAGGGUUUCGAGGAAACGAGUUUCAAAUGUUGUUAAGGCAAAGAGCGACACAUUUUCAUUGGAGGUAUUCAAGACCAGCAAAAUGGAAUUUAGUUAACAAGAGAAUUAAAUAUUUGUAUAAGUGGUUAAAUAUGAAAACUGAGAACUAACUGUAUAUGUAAUUAAAUAACAAAUAAA